GGCUGGGCGCCAUGGCGGAUUCGUGGGCCGCAGCGUCUAAUGGCGCCUCUGCUUCUGGCGGCAGCAGCGGGCAGGAGGAGGAUGAUGAGGAAGAAGAAGGAGCCGCGGAGGAGGAGGAGGAUGACGAUGGCGGCCCAGACCUUGGGCCCGGGCGGGGAGGUGAAGCCUGGGGCCCCGGGCCGGCAGCUGCCCAGCCCGACAGCGAGCAGGAGGCGCUGCUGCAGCAGUUGCGGCGGACGGCGAGCUUCUAUUCGGACUGUCUGACAGCCAGCGCCGGGCAGGAGAUUCAGGAAUUGGAUAUUUGCUUGGAAGAAAUGCUUACCAGAGUGGAUGAAUUCUGUGGGAUGUUGGAGAUGAUUCGAAAUGAUUCUUCUCAGAUUAUGAAUGAAAAUAUCCCUGAAAUCCAUGCCAAAGCAGAUGAAAUGAAGCACAUGUACAAAAAGAUUGAUAAACUCGAGGCCUUUGUUAAGAUGGUUGGUCAGAACUUAUCGACGCUGGAUGACCAAGUAACACAGGCUGAAGCGCAGUUCGGGACCUUUCCCAGUGCGUUUAGAAAAAUGUUGCAGUCGUUCAGUCCUUCGACAUUCUUUAAUAAAUCAUCCUCGCCAAAGAAGCAACAGCAAAAGUUUGAGAUUGCACCUCUCUUCCGGGCGGAAGAUUAUUUCCCUGCGGAGAAUCCAGAGGAGCACGAAUGACAAUGCUGAGAUCAUCGCGGCAGAAUAGAAGGGCUUCCAUUGUUUGAGCCGUGAAGGAUGCACUUAAUCAGAGCGUUGCCGACAUUUUCGAACCAGUGUUGAAACAAAUCUUGUCUUCCUUUUUGAAUCUUCCAAAAAUUACUUGAGGUAAAACUCUUGCCUAAACACAUGCACUGUUGAAUGAUUACUUUAGACUGAUUUUGGAUGGUUGUGUACACUUUAAUGAUUGUCAUAAGUUCUAGGAGCAGAAUCAUGCCAUUCGAUCCAUCAAAUCCACUCCGCCAUUUAACCAUGGCUGAUUUAUCUUUCCCACUCAACCCCAUUCUCCUGCCAUCUGUCAAUCUCCGCCAAAAAUAUCCAUUGACAUGGUCUCCACAAAGUUCCGUGGCAAUACAAUUAAAAAAAUUCACCACCCUCCGACUAAAGAAAUUCCUUCUCAUCUCCUUUCUAAAGGUGCAAACAGCAAACCUGUGUGUUUAACUUUUUGCAAUGAUUUGGUCCUUGUUUGAGUCUGAAUUUGUUCCUAGCAGUGCAUCAUAUCCUAAGCCAUAAUUUUUGCACUUUUAUGAUCCUUUACUAUCAUAUAUAACAACGUUUUCAAAAUUUGCUACUUUGUUUAAUUAUAUUAACUUUCGAGGCAGAAAUUUCAAAUUUGCUAAGUUAAAAUGUUUUUGUUAAAUUUUAUAUUACUAUUAUUGUACUAAUGACUGUAUUGGGCACUGGAUUUUGAAAUUCUUUUUGCUUUGAAAAAUAUUAAAAUGCCUUUCAGUAUUGUAA